UGAAUUUCUCAGCUUUUAAUAUUUACGUGCUGCUGAAUUCACAGAGAGGGAAAAGGAACUGCAACUUCAGGCAUUUUCUUUCUCUUGUUUGCCUUAACUCAGGGAUUUGUGUAAUUUUGGCUUACUGAAGCUCUCCCGCAUUCCUCGCUUCUCAAUCCGUGCAAACAGCUGCUGGCUUGAGCAGUGUUCAGCAGCGAGAACUGGCAGGAGGCUGAAAUACGCCCCUUGCUCCUCCUUUGGACCAGCGGUCCCAGAGCAGGAAAUAUUUUUCUGUUCUGAUGCGGCAAUGAGUGUUGGAGCACGCGAUGCUCACGUGCAGCCAGUCCCGGUACCUUUGCGUGUGGUCCAGGAUUCAAAGCAUCACUGCCAUCCAAGGGGGUGAGCAAUCGGCUUUUGUCACCCAGCUGUUCUCAGCCAGUGUCCCAGCGAGUGGAAGGUGGUACGUGAAGGGAGUGGCUUUUCUUCUGGGAUGUUCUCUUUUUUCCAUUUCCUGCUGAUGUGUUUCAAAAAGGAAGGAAAACGAAUUGCCAACUCCCUCCAAACAGCCUCCCUCUGCUCUCCUGCUGUGCUUGUGGCUGUAGGAUGGGCAGGUGAAUAUUUGGUAGCAACAACUUUGGUGGAAAAAUGGUGUUGGUUCUGUAUUUGGGGUUCAGAGCACCUGAUGCAGGUGGGUAGGACAGAAAACCCUGCAGCCCUGCUUUGGUUCACGCUGGUCCGAGCUGAGCAUGGACAUGCUGGCGGUCCCCGAGGAGGAGAUGAGUUGGUCUGAAACCUGCCGUAAAAAGAACUGGCAGAGGCAGGUGUUGGGUUUGAUACCUUAAGUUUUAAUUUGCUGUUUUGAACAGUAAAAUAACUGUCCUUCAUGCAUUAGAGUAGAACAAAUUACAUCAAAAAGAUCUGUUGCAGAGACCAAGGUCUUCUGUGGAUGAUCUGGUGCGGUUUGUCACCAACAUCAGUCGAGCUGGGGGUGUUCUGUAAAAAUCUCAGAGCAGCUCAUAAACUAAUUUACAGUGAAUUCCUGGAGGAAGUGUUGUUUUCCUCUUAUAAAUGCAGACAUGUGGGUGUGUCUGUUCUUCGCUCGCUCUUUUUCUAUUUCUUUUUUAAGCUAGCAAGCCACAUGAGCAUGAUGGAUGGGACGCUCCACGGCGCGUGGGAUCUUCCCCCAUCCGGCAGGGAUGUCAUUCUCCGUGCAGAUGGCAUCCUCCAGUGGAAGCCACCCACUGCUGCUCUGCCUCUUGGGAGACAUGAACUUUUCCAUUUGAUGGGAAGGAAGCUCAUAGCUCCUUGCUCACUGCUGGGAGUUCAGCGAGCAAUGAAUGACACGAGACCUUAGGAGGGAGAAGGCACCUUUAUUUUAAAAAAUGAAUUUCGCUCGUUCACGGUCAUACCUACCUGCUCAGGAGCACCAACACGGGGAUCUCCAAGUGUCUGUCCAGCAUUUGGGCAUCAAGACACGUGUGUCCAGAUGGUCUGGACAGGAUUCCUUGCAAUGACACAGGAGACAAGAAACGUCAAAUACUAGACCUCUGGUGUCUCUUGGACAGCUUGGUGAUCAUGUGAUGGCUUUGGGUCGGCUUUUUUACAUCCCUUGGGGGCUAAGAGUGAUGGUGAUCUUUUGUCUCUCCUCUGUCCCCCAGAAGAAAAUGGUGUAAGGCCAGCCAGUGCAGCUCCCAGCUCCAAUCGUGGCGUGCCCAGACCUCAGGGAGGAACAUGGCAGCAGCUCAGGGAGCAGGAAGCAGUUCAGCUGGGCCAUCCGGACUUCCCGGUUCUGCCCCGGGGCACAGCAACAACUCCACGGCAGUGGCGGUGUGGGAAUGGCAGGAUGAAUUUGGCAGGUGGAGGCCAUACCGAGGGAACGUCUGCAGCUACAUUGAACAGGUUUUUCAGGCCUCUCAGCAGAAGGGCCGGCGUUCGGGGUCGGGGCUUGUCAGCAGCAUCCCUUUGGGACACGCAGAUCCUGUCUUGGCCCCCUAUGUCAUCGACAUCCCAAGCUUGACGCAGUUCCGGCAGGAUACAGGGACGAUGCGGGCUGUCCGCAGGCACCUCUUCCCUGGGGACUCCGCUGCCGGUCAGGGCAUUGUUUGGGAGUGGCAGAACGACGAAGGCGGGUGGUCCCCAUACGAGAUGAAUGUCUGCGUGUUUCUGGAGCAAGCCCGUGCCACAAACCACCAGCGAGUAGAUCUCGGACCCUUGGGCUACAACUACGAAGUUGACUUUGUGGCUCAAGUCCAGACCAACAAGACCACGAGGUUCCGCCGCAGCAUUCAGAGGCGCUUGGAUGCCCCGUACCCGGUGACGGCCUCCCCGGCACCCCUUCACGCAGGGCCGGCUUGUUCUUGCCAGCAGUGCUGGUUAAACAGCGGGACUGGUCCCAUCACCACGCGCUACCGCCACUCCAUGAUAAACUUUCCCAACUCUUCCACUACUCAUCAGGUUUCCGGUAGGACAGCGUCAGUAAGUUCUUCCAGCGUUGGCUUCGUGCCCUAUAACAAACCAGCUUUGUCUGGAGCAAGGUCAACAUCGAGACUCAAUGCACAAAGCACCUGGGCUUUGCCUCAAGCUGGGGCCACCAGCACAGGACUAUCUGCAUCUAACGGAGUCAGCACCCCAAACCUGACAGUCAAGAUGCCCAAACCCAGCAAAGUGAACCAGGCCCUGGCAGGCAUGACGGCUAUUCUGAUGUCAGCCGCUGGACUCCCCGUGCACCUCACCUGUGUGCCGCAAGCUGCCAGCACCCAUAAAGCCACUAAAAAACACAGCUCAGUUAAGGAGGGGAGGAAAGUGUCCAAGAAAGGUGGAGUCAUAACGUCACUUGUGCAAAUGUUUCCUUUCCUAGCCUGGUGGAAGAGCCUGGCAGACUCCGUGAUGGGCCUGAUGACGGCGACACCAACCGAGCCAGAAGCAGUGGUGAAGAAGUACCUGGAAGAGGUGAAGGGCUCUCCUGCUGAUGAGGACUGUAUCAUCUGCAUGGAGAAGCUGUCCUCCCCCUCAGGUUACAGCGACACAUGUGAGUGCAGCACAAUCAAGCCGGAGACAGUCGGUCGUCUGACAAACUGCCAGCAUUCCUUCCACAUGCUCUGCAUGCUGGCCAUGUACUCCAACGGGAACAAGGAUGGGAGUUUGCAGUGCCCCUCUUGUAAAACCAUCUACGGAGAGAAAACCGGUACUCAGCCCAAAGGGAAGAUGGAGGUCUCCACUUUUCCCCAGUCUCUCCCUGGACACAAGGACUGCGGGACAAUCCAGAUUGUGUAUCACAUCAGCAGAGGCAUCCAGGGCCCCGAGCACCCCAACCCUGGGAUGCCUUACACAGCAAGAGGUUUUCCUCGCUAUUGUUAUCUACCGGACAACGAGAAGGGCAGAAAGGUCCUGGAGCUCCUGAGGGUGGCCUGGAAGAGACGCCUGAUUUUCACAGUGGGCACCUCCAGCACCACCGGUGAGAGCAACACAGUGGUGUGGAACGAGAUCCACCACAAGACUGAGAUGGACACAAACCUGAGCGGCCACGGCUACCCUGACCCCAACUACCUGGACAAUGUGCUGGCGGAGCUGGCCGCGCAGGGCGUCACCGAGGACUGCCUGAGACAAUGAGCUGGGCUGGGGGCCCGGCUGCGCCGUGCACACCUCGGGGCACACCGAGUGCACUUAUUCCUGUUGCCUUAAGUUCCUGUGUCUGACUGCCUGUCACACUGAGCAAUAACACUGUACCGCGGGAGCCCUG